AUGAGUUCUACUAGAAAAAUUUAUUUGAGUCUUUUAAUAAUAUCAGGAAUUAAAGCCAUGUUCUCCCCAUUAUGCAUGCCAAUGUCAUCUAUAAACCCAUGUGCGAAUACCGGUGGAUCAAUGCUGCCAGAUUUAUCAAUUGGCAAUGGGAUGGGAAAUGGACUCGGUAAUGGAAUGGAUGGUGGCAUUAAUAUAAACUGUCACGUGACAUCUGGAGGUUCUAUGGGAAAUAAUAUGGGAACCAGUUUAUGCCCACCACCAAUGAACCAGUCAAAUGGAAUGCUAGACAUAGGUUUUAUGGGCGGCAUGUCUCCCCCACAACAGCAACAACCCAUGAGCGGAAUCCAGCUAGUUUGCAACUCCAUUGGAAUGCCAGAUAAACAGCAGCCACUCGCUGGAAUGACUGGACUAAAUGGAUCUUCAUGGGGAAAUGACUGCUACACCAAGAUUGGAAGUAUUUUUAUGAACGGAUAUUCUGGAGGAAACUCUAAAUUAAAUGAUAUAUGUUGCACAAUAAUGGGUACAUCUUUAGGGAACAAGAUGCUCCGAUAA